UGGACAUAUAUACAUUGUCAUUGAGUAAACAAAAAUGUUAAAAAUUUUAAAAAAUUUAUCAAAAAUUUUAUUAAAUGUCUUGCAUGGGUGUGGAAUUCACAUGGAACCCACAUUGUGUGAGUUGUACACCUAUAUGAGAUAUUUGAUAAAAAUUACUCUUGAGUGAAAGGAUAUAGAUAAAAAAUUUGCUUUGUUUUUAUAACGUAUUGAUAGUCUCAUAAUUGAUAAUUGAACUUUAUUAAACAAUCAACAAUGGAGUGCCCAUUACAGUUCCCUAUCUCAACCCAAAAGUCCUUGGAAUCCCAAAGAAUCAUGCCUCCAAUCUUCAUCUUGUAUAUAUAUAUAUAUAUAUAUUCCCACUUCUUCUCAACUUGUGUCAGUUAAUUUUGGUUUCUAAAACAAAACAACCAACCAUGUUUGGGAAGAAAGAAAGUACACAUGUAACUCUGAAAGUGCAGAGACAACAUGUAUUGGACGUAUUUUUAAGGAUCAAACGUGAUCUGUCACUUCGUGAACUCAAGCUUGCUUAUUGUGUCCGUCUUGGAUUGGAAAUAGAUGCUGUUCGGUUCACUUAUGAUGGUGUGAAGAUCGGCGACAAUGAAACAGCCGAUGAACUGAAAAUGGAGGAUGGUCAUGUCAUUGAUGCCUGGUCUGAUCAAUCCGGUGGUGGCCACGGCGGCGGUGAUGCUAGUAAUGUUCUUUGAUGUGUUCUGUGUUUGACCUGCCAUUUUGCUGUUUUCUUCCCUUUUGAAGUUUGUUCAAAUGUUAUGGAACUUAUUGUAUCUAAUUUAAGCUUGGAAAAAUAUGUUAGACAUACAUCAUUUUAUAAUUAUGUGGCAAUGGUAUUUUUCCUCCUACAGGUGGACUACAAGUUUUUUUUGUCUGAAAAAAUGUUUUAAGUGCACAUAAAUAGAAUGUGAAAAGAAUAUGUAAAAAUUGUAUUCUAUGAUUACAAUCUAUUUUGAGUGUGAUAUGAAUUAUGAAAUAUUAACAUCUGUAUAGAAUAUAGAUAUGGCGAGAACAUAUAUGAACAC